AGAUUAGAGAUAUAAUUAAAAUGGCGAGUAUGAGGUGUUUCACUGUAAUAGAUUUAAUCCGUUUUAUUGUAAAAUUAAGCGUGUUACCUUAAAUUUUCCUAAAACUGUUCAUUUGUCAUCCGCGUGUGCGAUUAUAGUUAAUAAUUGUUUAAAUAGUUACGUCUCAUCACUUUAACAUUGUUGUUUUGUUUUCCAAUGGAUGUAAAUAAGAUACCAGCCAAAGAUGGCGAUACUACCAGCUUAGUUUUGCUAGAACCGCCAUCUAUAUUAACUUUGGCGAAACCGAAAUUUGAAAAUAUUAAGAAGAAGCGACGGCGCGGCAAGACAAAGUGUAAAUUAUCGAAGCCUUACUUGAAGAGUUCUUGGCAAGAGAGACGAAAAAAUGAAGUAAGGAAUAAUAAUCCUAAUAGGAACAAUAGGUUUCGCAAAGUUGUUAUGGCUAAGACCCAGGCACCAUUCAACAACAACCAAUUCCUAAUGGAGAUACAUAAACCAGAACCUGAAAAUGAUAUGAAUAUAUUUAGAACUCCAUCUGCCCGAACUCGAGAUUCCAGUUUUAGUAUUGACUCUGAAGAAAAUUAUUUCUACUCCUUGCCUGAAGAUGAGGAAGAAUAUUUAACAAAAGAGUUUUCUAGUGUGUAUGAGGAUGCACAAACUGAAAGAUUAACAAAUAUGUCUAAAAAUGAACUUAUCCAGGAAUACCUUUUAUUGGAAGCUAAAUAUGAAACUCUCAUAAAGAGAAGUGAUCGCUUGAAAGGGAAGGAGAAUGAAGAAAAAAUUGUCGAUGUAAUUGACAAAGAUGCAAUCAUAGAUAGAAACUCUAUGAUAACUGAUAAAGACAUUUCUGAUACAAUUUUGUCAGGCACAACAGAAGAAAAAUCUGUGUUAGAGAUUCUGCAACGUUUGAAAGAACAGGAAGAAAAAAUCAAAGAUUUGGAAGUUAUAAAUGAGAAAUUGAAACAUGAAAAUGAGAUUUUAAAGAAAAAUGCAUCUAGUUCCAGUGAAGAUUCAGAAAGUGACAGCUCAUCCAGUUCGGAUAGCUGUAGCAGCUCUAGUUGCAAUUCAAGUCCAAAACCUGAUGAAAAUAUGUCAGAGCCAACUUGUCCCAUGAAUGGGGACCACAGCUCCAUGGACGGUGGGCAAAGUGAAACUCUAGUAAAUGGAUUCCAUAACUUAUCAGAAUAAAAUGUUGUAAAUCUAUUAGAGCUCUUGCAGACUUCAACCUUUUUCUCUGUUGAUAGUUUAGUUGAGUUGGGCUGUAUGUGCCCACACUAUACCAACUUAUUUGGGUUGGAUGCAACAAAUUCAACCAUUCUAUUAGCAUUUAUUGAAAAGCUCAAAACUUAUUAGUAGAUUCUUGCCCCAGAUGUCACUUAUUUUUGAAGUAACAAUAUGUAUAGAUAGAUAUUUGUUUAUCACUUGGGUAGGUGGUCCAUUCUACAGGUAGGCAACAACAUUACUACAAAUAUUCAGUGCCAAUUUUGAUAUAUUAUACUUAUAGAAUAUUAUGAAAAAUUAAUAUGUGAUAAUGUGCCUAAAUGGUGGCAGACAAUUAAAUAUUUUGAAAUUUUUGCAACAUGUCAUGUUUGAUGUCUACAUAAUUUAUGACUAAUAAACCAUAACAGACAGGUUUUGCAGAUGCAAGUGAACAUUAGUGUCAUAUCAGUUUAUUAUUGCAAAGCCUGUGGAUUACAUUUAAAGAAAAUAAACAUGUGUGUU